AUUAUUUAAAAAAAAAAGAAAAAUGAAAAAAGAAAAAAGAAAAAAGAAAACCACACACUCUUACUCGUUCAAGUUCAACAAUCAAGAUCUUUUGUUUCUCUCUCUGUACAUUUAGUCUCUUUCUUCACUCGCAUUUCCCGUCUUUCUCCGGUUCCUGCUUGCUUCAACCACUGUCGGCCUUCUGAGCUUUAGCUGUUUGGAAUGGAGGGUAUAUUAGAUGCGGAUGCACCUCUACAUUAUGCUACAAUCCAAAUUUUUCCAACCCAAAACAGGUAUGAAGUAUUUGUUUGUGGUGACAACAAAGUGGAAAAACUUGCAGUUGGGCCUCUGGAACAACUCUUGCCAUAUAUACCAGGAUUAAAACCCUUGCAUGCCAAAGGAUCCUACAGCAACUUCACAACCCAACCAGCGGGAAAAGCAAGUAGUGCUGCAUGGUUCACAAAAUCAACUUUAAACAGAUUCCUGAAUAUUGUUGGCUCACCAGAUUUGGUAAAUAUCACAAAAAUUAUAGAAGGUGAGAUGUCACAACUGGAAGAAGCCAGACAAUUUCAUCUUUCUUUAUAUGUCCAGGGCAAUAAUAUUGAGGCUGGGGAGAUAGAUGACUGCAACUCAAAUGGCAUGGCUCCACAAACCAAAUCUAAUGUUCAGGCUGCAUCUUCGGACACUUCAAAGAAUGAACUGUUGAGGGCAAUGGAUUUGAGAAUCUCAGCAUUAAGAGGAGAGUUAGCUGCAGCUUUUAAGCAGGCUGCUGGUGCCAUCUUCUCCAAUGAAGAACUUGCUAAUUUAGUUGAACUUUUUCAACAUUUUGGGUUGGCAGAUUCAAACAAUUCUUUCUUUAAAGAUUUGGAUACAAGUCAAAUGAGCCAGAGUGCUGAUCCCCUUGAUGAUAACAAGGUGUUGAUGACAUGUGCUUCUAGAAACAAUAGUGCAAGGAUGACAAAUGGAAGUUCUCAGAUGCCAAAACCUUCACAUGCAGAAACACUAGUUAAAUAUGGUGUUUCACCUGCUAAAGUUGCACAGCUUGAGCGACAAAGCUCAACAGGAAGUGAGUCUUCUGACUCAGGUGAGGAGAAUCAAACAUCUAUUGAAAGAAGUCGAGCUUUAGUAAGGUCUGCAGCACCUAGACGGUCAGCGUCUCCUAUGAGGAGGAUUCAAAUAGGAAGGACUGGAUCACGCAGAGCCACUGCAAUAACCAUUAAGAGCCUCAACUCUGUUCCUACCAGAAUAUUGUCUCAUAGGGAUGUCGCUGCAGACAUUAGAGAAGAAGAAGGAUCGGAACAAACGAGUAAGAAAAUUGACAAUAAUGUACGAAGAAUGAGUGUUCAAGAUGCAAUCAAUCUUUUUGAAAGCAAACAGAGGGAUCAAACUGCAGAUUCUCAAAAGAGGAAUUGUUUGACAAAUGCCUCUCUUAUUGGAAAUAAAUCUGUAUUGAGGAGAUGGAGUUCAGGUAUGGGGGAAUCUUCUGCUCAAAGCCAUCCACAAACUGAUUUGGCCUAUUCAAGUCCGGUUAUUUCGAAUGAUAUAGUGGACAAAGAGUUUUUAAAGGCUUCAGUUGAGGUGAAUUCAGAGUCUGAUCACAUAUCUGAUGGUCAAACUCGUGUUGAGGCUGCUGAAGUUGAUGUCCAAUUGGAAAGACAGCAAGAAAGUAACUCUGAUGUGAUAAAUGUUCAGGCAGAUGCUGACGUUAACCAAAGGGAGGACAUUAAUGAGAGAUUAACAGCCUCAUCCGAAUGGAAUCGACAAAAGGAAGGGGAGUUAAAUCAGAUGCUGAAGAAAAUGAUGGAAAGUAAGCCAACUAAAAGUAAGAAGCUUUCAACUAGCAGAAACCAUAAUCUUUCCUCGGAAAAGAGAGGUAGUUUCUAUGACCACUACAGGGAGAAAAGGGAUGAAAAACUUAGAGGAGAGAAUGCUCGUAAAAGAGCAGACAAAGAAGCACAAUUCAGAGCAAUGCAGCAGAGUCUUGAUGAGAGAAAAGCUGAAAUGGCCUCGAAGAAUAUGACCGAUGUUGGAAAAAAGCAUCCUCUGCAAAAGCCACAGAAAUUAGUUAGGAACUUACCUAAAUCUGCAAGUCCCAAAAAGGAAAUUCCAAGACCCGCUGUUGUCAAGAAAGCUUCGUCUAAAACAUCACCGUUGCCUACUACUCGUAAGUCAUGGCCAUCAGGGUCAUCACCAAGAGCUGCAGGGAUAUCACCAGCUAAAACUCCUGGUGGGAUAUCUUCUGCUGGAACAGUACUAACCCGUCGAAAACCUCAAUCAGCACAAUCUUUUCCUCGAGCAACCUCUAAAGUGGACCAAUCCAAGCAGCAACUGAGAAAUGUGAAGGAAGCCCAGGCAAAUAAUGAAAGGAGCUCAAAGGGCUUAAAUGGAAAGCAGCUGCAAACAAAGGCAAAAAGUAGCAAAAAUACAAAGGUGCAAGUUGCAACAGCUUCUAGAGAUAGUUCUAGUCCGGUUCCGGCAAAGCCUAGUUUCUAUAACAAAGUGACCAGAAAAAGCAGUGUAGUGCCACUGGAAUCAAAACCCUUUCUUCGCAAGGGUUCUAGAACAGGCCCUGGUGUUGAUCCUGCUGUUAACAAGAUAAAAAACUCUUCUCAGGUUGAGGACUCUUUGAGAAAUCCUGGAAAUUUGAUUGAACCUCAGGAAAAAGAGGCUGUUUCCAAUGCUUCUAGUCUGGCAAUGGAGCAUCAAGAGCACGAUAUUGUACCACUAGAUCAUUGUGAUUCUGCUAUGAAGUUGGAAACUACUAUCAGCAGUCAACAGAUUUGCAAUGACGUGGAGAACUUUGAUGAACCUGCUACUGAUAAUGAUGACAGCCUGAAAAACAUGAUGGAGUCAUCUUAUAAAAUUCAACCUGAAGAAGAAUCAAUCAUCUCCCCAGCUGCUUGGGUGGAAAUUGAAGAGGAGCAUCAUGAACUGCCCAAUGCAUGUCAUGACAACACAACUCAACUUGCAUCUCCAGCCAAUGUUCUACCCAUUGGAUUGUCAAGUCCUCGUGUCCGCCAUUCUUUGUCACAGAUGCUACAAGAAGAAAGUAGUGAACCCGAUUCUUCUGAGUGGGGAAAUGCUGAAAAUCCUCCUGCCAUGGUCUACCAAAAAGAUGCUCCCAAAGGAUUGAAAAGGCUCUUGAAAUUUGCUCGCAAGAGUAAGGGAGAUGCAAGUUCAACAGGUUGGUCUAGCCCAUCUGUCUUUUCUGAAGGAGAAGAUGACACAGAUGAAUCAAGGGCAGCUAAUAAGAGAAAUGCUGACAAUCUUUUGAGAAAAGCUGCCCUUCAUGCAAAGAACUAUGGAGUGCAGAGGACUUCAUUGUCUGAAGACUACGGAAAAAAAGUUGAUGCUCAUCUAGUCUCUGCCCAAUCAAAUAUAAGCAGAUAUGAUACCCAGAAUUCUAACAAGUUGCAUAAGGGCCAUGUCUCAGCAGCAGCCCCUACAAAUAAAGGUACAAGGUCCUUCUUCUCUCUUUCAGCAUUUAGAGGCAGCAAACCUAAUGAAACUAAGCUUCAAUAAUGCCAGAAAGAUUAUGAAGUACAGAUUGUUAACGUUUGUGUUAUUUCCCAAGGCAUUUUUGGCUUGAGGCUACAGUUUACUGACUUCCCGCACCAUUGUCUUUUUUUAAUUCUUUUGCAUAUCAGAAUUGACAUGUUUCUGCAUGUUUUGUUGGUGGGAGCGUGUGUGCGUGUAGGUUGUUCAGUCUUAUCAGUUUAAUAAAAUUUGUAUUCUACUGAACA